CCGAGAUACAGGCCGUUCAACGUCUUUUACCAAGCCAUCUGACGGUGCAUCAGUAUAUACACUAGAUGCCAUGGCCGAUGAUAUCGUUGGCCUCAUUAAACACCUCGAACUCGAAAGUAUCCAUCUCGUCGGCACCAGCUUGGGCGGGCCUCUCGCAUGGCAGACAGCAAGCCGGUUGCCUGGUGUUGUCCGAAGUUUAGCCCUUGUUUUCACGAGCCCAGUUGGGCGACAACAGCUUCCUAGUGAUGACUUGCCUCAGGUAAACUUGGAGGGGCAAUGGCUGCUGGCCGAGGCAUAUGAGAUUCCAGAUGACCGGGAUGAUGACGAAGGCUGGAUCGAAUCAUAUAUGCGCCUCGACCUUGCUCUUGCAACGCGGCCUCCUACGGAAGAGGAAAAGGCUGAAUCGAGACGGGAUUGUGAGAUCACAUAUUACCGCGAGAAAGAGAGCGGGACCAUGUGGACCAAGUAUAAUCACUCUGAUGCGUCUGGCGUGAGGUGGCCGCGCGAAUUGCUCAAGCAUAUUCGAUGCCCAACCGUUAUUAUUCACGCCGCAAAAGACCAGAUUUUCCCGCUUAAGCACGCAGAAGCUCUGAGAGAUGAUGUUGAUGGGGCAACGCUUGUCGUCCUCGAAGACUGUGGGCAUGAGAUACCACACCGCGUUCGUCAAAGGAUGGCGGAUGAGAUUCUUGCCAACGUGAAAAAGGGAGAGUAGACCGAAGCGUUGUUGCUCAUUAGUUACUGUUUCUGUGAUCUGGCAAAUCAGCCACCCUUGUAUUUGCUGUAUACCAGUUUUGCCUCAGCGUCAAUGGAAAUGCUUAACUGUAUAUAACGGUCAUAAGACAACAGAAUCUAUAGACAUGCCUAAUGUAACUAUGACACGUAGCAUCUCUCAACAUGAAGGGUAGCUAUAAGACAGUUUUAGUAGCGCAAGCCGACGGCCG